UCGCACUGUUUACAUGGCAGAAGACGAGGAGGAGAAUGAGCAUAAAAUGGAUCGAAAUUCACGCUACAUUCUGGCUCGAGAUCUUAACUCGGGCCUUCCUUUCGGUUGUCUUCUUAGAACUUGAACAAACUGCGCCUUUUGUGCGAAAGAUCCAUAUUGAUGAGCUUUGGCUGUACAAGAACCCUCGAACGCCUUCAUAUGUCCCAACUAACUUGCUGUGGCCUCUGGUAUUCGCAGUUCCAACAUUCGUCAUGUUUGUGUUCUUCCUUGCGAAGCGUAAUAAGACAGACUUUUGCCAGAGCCUCCUCGCCUUUUCCCUCGCACUGGGACUCAAUGGUGUCAUCACAAACAUUAUUAAGCUUGUUGUAGGCCGACCACGUCCAGACUUCUUCUACAGAUGCUUCCCAGAGGGGCAUGUGGACCUUGACCACAUUUCUGAUAUCGGCUCAGCUUGUACUGGUGAAGCAGAUGCCAUUCAGGAAGGACGCAAGAGCUUCCCAAGCGGACAUGCUUCUUUUUCAUUUUGCAGUCUAGGAUUCCUGAGUCUGUGGAUAUGCGGCAAGCUGUGUGUGUUCGGCAGGAAGCGUGGCCAGGGCUGGAGGUUGGUAAUGGGCAUAACUCCCAUGGUAAUGGCUCUCAUGGUGGCUCUUUCUCGGACUAGUGAUUACCAUCAUCAUUGGCAAGAUGUGUUAGUUGGAUCAGUUCUUGGCCUAUUCAUUGCAUAUCUGUGUUACCGCCAAUACUACCCUCGUCUGACCUCCCCCCACUGCCACCUGCCGUACCUGAUGAUUCCCACUGUGACCCGACCAGUGUUACUCAAGGGAGCACAUGGUGAGAGCUUCUCCAGCCAAGGACCCCUCUUCCUGGACCCUGAAUCCCCCAUGGAAGAGCAGGUCAAAUGGAUGUAGAAAUGAGGAGGAGAGUGUGUGUGUGUGUGUGUGUGUGUGGAGGAGGAGGGGGGGGGGCAUGUGUGUAUCAUGAGUAAUUUUGUCUCAGGAAGUUGACCUGUUUUACCUUUUGUUUUCCCUCCAUGUUUAGAUUGAAUGUUAUUGUAUUGUGUGGUUUAGUAGGAAGGCAGCUUAUAGGUAGAACUUAUAGGUAUGACACAUUCCUGAGAAAUUUUGUAAGACAAUAAUGUCUACUUCAAAAAAGUAGGCAGGAAUUAUAUGACAUUUUUUAUUGAAUAUUUCUCUCCACCAAAGUUAGGUUUUAAAGCAAUUCUUUUACAAGUUGUGCAUAGCUGGGUUAGUGAAGUGCAUAGUUUUAUAAUAAAAUGGGAGACAUUCCAGAAAAAAGGAACAGUUUAUAGCAUAUUUGCUGGUGAAAAAUAGAGAAUGCAUCCUGACCUUAGCUAUGAUCAGCUUCCUUUAUAUCUAGUAUCAAGUUUGAGGGAAUGUAAUUUGCGAUUGCAAUCAAAACAUAUUCAUUGCAUAUGUAUAUUUGCUCUCCCCCCUUCUCUUAACCCAAUCAGCACGGAACACUGUAAUAUAAGUUUAUUUAUUGUAUUUAGACAUUGAUGGCUAUACAAUUGCUUAAUCACCAAGGAGUCAGUUUUAGUCCUACCCAUAUCACCUGUUUCCCUUUUCCUUGAAUUUUGGAAAGGGUCUUUAGUAUUAUUUAAUUGUCGUAAAUGCUACCAAGACUUUAAUAACUAUUUAAUAAUCAUAACAUGAAUAACAAUAAUAACAAUAUUGAUAUCAAUUGUAUUAAAAAGAAAAACACAUUUUCCCACCAAUUCAAGGAAUGGGGAAUUCAGGAUCAGUCACUAGGGCCUACUGAUAGACUCCUUGCCGGCUGAGCACAUGUGGGGCCAUCUAUAUGUAACAAAAUUCACAAGAAACUACAGGGGACAGAACAUAAAUCUGUGGUGGUUUGGUUAAGAUAUAUGUGAGUUUCACAUCUGUAACCUGGUAUUUUAGAUAUUUAAAAAAAAGUAAAGCAUGGCCAGAAAUGCUAAUGGAGUACAAGAUAGAAAUUUCAGAUGAAAGUAGAUUUGAAGUUAUUUAUACUAAUAUUAUACCAUAGUUUAGAUUAUUUUUUCAAAUUGUCUUUAAGAGUUUUCCAUAUCCUAGAAUACUUCUAUUUAUGUAAACAGGAAUGCCAAUGUACAUUCAAUGUUUUGUAUAAGAAUAACUAAGUGUAAAGUAUUUGUAUGUAAAUUUCUUAAUUGUAUGGAAUAUAUAUGAAGUCUCCAGUUUGUGACAUGAGCAGCCUAUGUCAGUAAACAAUUCUUUGUGUGUGUGUGUGUGUGUGUGUGUGUGUGUGUGUGUGUGUGUGUGUGUGUGUGUGUGUGUGUGUGUGUGUGUGUGUGUGUGUGUGUGUGUGUGUGUGUCUGUGUGUCU